AUGUUCACCGGAGAUCCCUAUGCGUGGCCGUCGCGCCGCUCGCCCGUCCUCGGCGACGCGCGGGAUGGUCGCGUCGGUCGCAGCCGCUCGCCAGCGAAGCCGGCCUCCGCAUUCUGCGGGCCGGCGGCAAACGCGGCGGACGCGGGCGGUCGCCAUGGCGGCGGCGCUUGCGGUGUGCGAACCGUGCAGCACCGGCCUAGGCGGAGACGCCUUCCUCCUCUUCUAUACUCGCGCAUCACGCGCACGGUCCACAGUAUUCAGGGCAACGGCCGCUGCCCCGCCGCGCUCUCGCUCUCCCACCUCGCCACGCUCGUUUCUCCCCGCGCACACCGCUUCCCCCCUUCCACCCCCUCACGGUCACCGUCCCCGGCGCCGCCGCCUGCUGGGCCGACGCCAUCCAACGGUUCGGAUCGCGCCACGUGUCGCUCCGCGAGGCGCUCGAGCCGGCCGUACAGCUGGCGGAAGGCGGUUGGCCCGUGCCGUCCGCUGACAGCUGGACAGUGGGAGAGAGGCGUGGAGCAGUUGAAGCAGGGAGGGCCACAUGGCGGCGAGCUAUUGGUGGACGGGGAGAGGGCGCCGAGGGCUGGCGAGGUGAUGAGGAACCCGGGCAUGGGCAACACACUGAGGCUGCUGGGAGAGAAAGGCAAGGAGGGCUUCUACACAGGCCCAGUAGCCGAAGCGAUAGUCACAGCAGUGCAGGCCCAGGGCGGGGUGCUCUCCCUGCAAGACCUGGCCUCCCAAACCUCCUCCGUGGCCCCGCCCAUACAGCACCACCUCCACGGCCUCACCAUCUGGGAGGUGCCUCUGGGGGAGGCUUUAUCUAAGGAGUAUGCAGCCAAACGAGCUGGGGAGAUAGAUCUAACACGGGCAGCGAUCGUUGAGCCAGGGAUUGGGGCGUGGGGAGGAGUGGGGACUGAUACGGUGUAUUUCUGCGCGGUGGACGGGGAGGGCAACGCGUGCAGCAUGAUCAACUCAAACUACAUGGGCUUUGGCACGGGAAUUGUCCCCCAGGGGUGCGGCUUUCCUCUGCAGAACCGCGGGCAUAACUUCUCCCUGGAUCCCUCCCAUCCCAACUGCCUGGCUCCUGGCCACCUACAGGUGGUAACCAGCCUCGCCCUGCUCUCCCUCAACCCCCAGUCCGCCCUCGACCGCCCCCGCUUCUGCCUCUCUGGCCUCCCCUCCCUCGACCCGCCUGGACACGGACCUGGGCCAGUAAGAGAGAGCCACGUGGCGAUUGAGGAGGGGCUGGGAAGGGAUGACGUGGCGGAGGAGUUGAGGAGGAGGGGGCAUCAGGUGGAGGUGGUGAGGGGGGAGGCGAGGGAGGUGUUUGGGAAGGGGCAGGUGAUUGUGAGGGAGAGGGGGAGUGGCGUGCUGUGGGGGGGGUCGGAGGGGCGAGCAGAUGGCUGUGCCAUGGGUUUCUGA